CCUCAGGGCGGGCGUCUCCCACCGGGCCCAAACCGCCCGCAGCCUUUCCCGCCCUCUGCUGCCACAGUGGCGGCAGUGAGCGGGCCCUGCCGAGCAUUAGGAUGAAAAGAAUCGCGCCACUUCAAUCAAUCAGUCGCAUUUACUGAGGGCUUAAUGGGGGCAGGGCACUGUACUCGAAACGCCUUAGUAGGUUAAAGAAAAGACAUUGAAAAGAACAAGUGCACGCCAUCCUCUGGAAGAAACAGAGCAUACAGAUUGGUGCAGAAAGACAGGAAAUAGAAGCUCAUCAAAACUGCUUGAUGGCUGCAGAAACUCAACCAGAGCCCAAUCCAUCCAGGACUGCUUUUCUAAGGAAUAGGGAAGCAGCAGCAGAAGCGCAGAUGACCACACUUCCGGGAGAUCUUCCUAUUGACAGUUACCAGCAGUGAGAGGAGUCAGGACUAGAAGCUGCCCGUUGCUGUUGAAUUAUCCAGAGCAACUGAAAAGCGGCUUUUGCCUCCUUGUUAACGGAAGUUAGAAGUCACCGAAUGGCAAAAGAAGAAGCUAUGAGCUGGGUGUUUCGGUUAGGAUGGCCAGCGACCUCUUCCCUCAUCGCAGUAGCUCUAAGGGACCCCAAAACAGGGACAUUGGCUUUUCUUCUGUAAUGCUCCCUGCUGGUGGAGGCCCAGCCAGACCCUCUCCCCUUCACUUCCUGCUUCACUUCCCAGCCGAUCCAGCCAGGUUGUUCUCUGAGGUCUCAGCUCCGUUCCCUGUCGUCCUGGAGGAAAAUGCUGCUUCUGUCCUUGGCUCUUAAGCUAUUACAUUCAGUGGCUAUGCAAAUGGCUUCCUUCUGGAGGCUGAUAUUCCACUGACGAGGACCAAGGCCACUGCCCCCAUGGGCGCCGCCCAAUCCAAAGCUCGAUGGAAGGAGGGGGCCCGGGUGGUGAUGAUGGGUCUUGACUCAGCAGGGAAGUCCACCCUCCUGUACAAACUGAAGAGCAACCAGCUGGUGAAGACCUCACCCACCGUGGGCUUCAAUGUGGAGGCCCUGGAGAUACCCGGGCAGCUGUCCCUGACCCUGUGGGACGUCGGCGGUCAGGACCAGCUGCGCUGCCGCUGGAAGGACUAUCUGGAGGGCACCGACUCCCUCCUCUACGUGCUGGACAGCACAGACCCAGACCGGCUGUCCGAUGCUGUGGCUGAACUGGAGAAAGUCCUGGAUGAUGCCAAUAUGGUGGGGGUCCCUUUCUUAGUCCUGGCCAACAAGCAGGAGGUGCCGGGGGCUCUGUCACUCCUGGAGAUCAACGACAGGCUACACCUGGAGCAGUUCAACAACCACAACUGGGAGCUGAGGGGCUGCAGUGCCCUCACAGGCGAGGGGUUGGCAGAGGCUUGGCAGGCCCUGGUCAGACUGCUCAAGUCCUCCAGUCGCAGGCUCCCAUCGUGAGGAGCCAAAUCGAAGGGGCAGUAACACAUGGCAUUGCUUUGUCUCUGUCGCUUAUAGACAGACCAUCUUGUUGGUGAAAUCUGAAGUUGCGGGGCGGGUGACGAGGGGGCAAUUUUUUCAUAUCCUCUCUAUUGCAGCAGACUUAUAAGCUUGGACCCUGAAACCCACUCAGUUUUGCCCAGAUGUACAAGAAUUUGGGGGAACUGGAAAGGCAGUGAAAGAGAAAUAGGAAAUAGAGUGGUGCUCCGUAAGGCAGGAAGGGGCUGGAGCAGAAGGGAACGUGGACAGUGGAGACUCAGGGGGGAAAACACUUCACUGCGCCCUGUGAGUGGGGUAGAGGGAACUGGAUAUCAGUUGAGAGGGAAAAAGCGUGGCUCUGCUAAAGACUGGGAAAACCUUCCAUUGGUACUAACUUUCUAUCCCCAUGUUGGUUCAGCUCAAUUAACAGUCAAGAAAUUCUUCUGUUCCUGGAUGUUAUCCUUUCUCCUCCCAAGAUUUCCCCAACCUAUUAAAAAUCAACUCUUUGGUGAAUUUUUUUAAAAAA